AUGAAAGAAUACCCAAUCGAACACUUCGGUGGAAACGUGCGAAACUUGCGAAAAACACUUCGGUUGUUACGCCAAUUCCAAUACCAUCGAAUUCUUUACGAGUUUCAAGACUUUAUUAACCACUAUUUCGCCUUUCUGCUCUUCCCUUGCGUGCUGAUUCUCGGUCUUUUCGUUCUUUCCUUUCUCGGAAUGUUCGCGGUUCCCUCGCUUUCCACCCCUUCCACUCUUUACGUUUUCGCCACCAUCAUCAAUUUCCUUCUCUGGAUCUAUCUCUCCUUCUCCGAUCCUGGCUGGGCCGUCGAUUCCCGCGGGAAACUGCAGGCCUCUCCGUUUAGCAAUCGCGUUUCGACGGAAGGACUUUGCUCCACGUGCGAAAUCGAGCGGAUUCGGCGGUGCAAACACUGUUCCCGCUGCAACAAGUGUGUGUUCCGCAUGGAUCACCACUGUGGCUGGCUGAACAACUGCGUGGGAUACAAAAAUCACCGCGUUUUUCUGCUGUUUCUUGGUAGCUGCACGGUGCAGAUCACGCUCGUUUUUUACAUUCUCCAAGAUCUUGUUCGACGUGAGAUUGUGCGCGGUCGAUGA